AUGAAUUCACAAGGCAUGACGCGCAAGCGGCCUGCACCGGGCACCACUCCACAAAACAAUCCUCAGCUGCUUCAGGCGUACCAAAGUGUCAAUCCGAACCCACGUUUCUCCAACGAUCAAUUUCUGCAAUGGGGUGCAGAGUCGGCUACCAAUACUGUGAAUCACCCUUACAUUGAGCCAUCCGCUUACGGACCUGCCGCAUAUGCAGCCAGCCAAGACCAUGCUCCCUCGGGCUUAGCUCCCUCGGCGAUAACAACCGCUACAAACUCAACCCAGCUGGCGCGUCGCUCUCCUCAAAACCAGCUGAUCAGUCGAAACCGAAGCUACGAGCAGUCACCUGCGCCUUUUACUGAUAGCAGCGCUGGAGCAGGUAAUGCUGAGAGCGCAUGGGAAGAAUCGAUUGAGGAGCUGUACGCCCGGGCCGCAGCUGCGAAAAGGGACGCGACAUCAAAGAGAAAGCAAAUUCCUCCUUUCGUUCAAAAGUUGAGCAGUUUCCUGGAUGAAUCAAAGAACACGGAGCUGAUCAGAUGGUCCGACGAUGGCAACUCAUUCAUCGUCCUCGACGAAGACGAGUUUGCUCGGCGCUUGAUCCCAGAGCUCUUCAAACACAAUAACUAUGCCUCCUUCGUGCGCCAGCUCAACAUGUACGGGUUCCACAAAAAAGUUGGCCUUUCGGAUAACUCGAUGCGCGCAAGUGAGCGUAAAAACAAGAGCCCGUCAGAGUACUCUAAUCCCUUUUUCAAACGAGGCCACCCAGAACUGCUCUGGUUGAUUUCUAAGCCCAAGAACCAGCCUGGUCACGGAGCCAAGGGAAGCAAGGCCGGGAGCCGUGUUAAGACCGAGGAAGCGGACGAGAAUGAAGGAGAAGACUAUGGAGAGGAAGCUGGUGCUGGCCACCGUGAAGAUCGUGCGCGAGCGCGCCCGCUUCACCUGAUCACCGACUCGGCGAUGCCUAAGGAGCGCCUUGAUCAGGUAAUUCACGCUCUGAACGAGAUUCGUAUGCAACAAGCGAGGAUUUCAGGCCACAUCGAGAGCUUGCGACAUGACCAUGAGUUACUGUCUGCCCAAGCCGCCAGCUUCCAAGAGCAACACACCCGCCAUGAAAAUUCGAUCAACGCAAUCCUCACCUUUUUGGCGACGGUGUACAACCGCAGCCUUCAACAAGGCGACAGCGCGUCCAAUAUCGCUAGCUCCUUUGCGGGCGUGAUCUCGGGGGACCAGCAAGGCAAUAUCGUGGAUAUGGGUGGUGACUUUGGCUUCAACCCUAUGGCAUCCAUGGCCAGUCCAACCGGACAGCGGACACUGAAGAGACAGCCGCUAUUGCUCAAAGCGCCGCCUACCGCGAAUGAGGGCAAUCGGGCGACUACCCUUUCGCCAGCUGCCACUGGGCCCUACGACAAUCGAUCGCGCAAUAAUACUCGCCAGCCCAGUGCGUCACAACCAGGGCAUGUGGAAGAGUUACUUGACACUAGCCCUCGUCAAGCUGCUGCCAAUUAUUCCAUGGGAAAUGGCACCGAGACAGACUUCCCGGAAAAAGAAAUGUUGUCUGUGAUUCAAAAUUCAAAUGCCCGCCACGCCAGCCCCAAUACCAUUACCCACUUCCCCGACGUUUUGUCCUCGCUUGAGAAGGGAGGCAAUGGCGCGAUCACCCCCGGCGUCCGCGCCGAUAUGCUUCGGAUGAUGGCAAACAAGACCGGACAUGAUGCCGAUUCCGCGAGUGCCAACAACGCCCUCGUAUCGCCCACACCCCCACCCAUGCCCCAAGACUAUUCCAAUCGCCUCUCCAAGACACGCCAGCAAAUUGACAGCCUCGCCAGACUGCAGGCCCAGCAGGACCGCUCUGUGCAGGACUUGACGAACCUUCUGCAACCACUGAGCCCCACAGGGAACAUUCCUGGAUUGAACAAUGAUAACGCACCUCCGAUUGACCUUGAGAACAUCUUCGACCUUGACUACUUCAGCAAUGAUGUGUCUGGAUCCGCCGGAGAAGUAGUUCAGCCAGCACAUGACUCAUCGACAGCCGGCACAGGGACGACGGCCCACCAAGGCGAUCCCGCGAUGGUCGCCACCGUGGGUGCUCAGCCGGACAAUACAGAUGAUUUCAUGGCGUUCAACGACGACCCUCUGUUCGCUCAAGCUCAACCUUCGCAAAACCUGCACCCGCAUGAUCCCUCUUACGGUUAUGGGUUUGAUGGAACAGGCUAUGGCGCCGACGUCGGAUCUGGCAAUCUCGAUUCGAGCCGCAUCGUCGAGCAAUUAACCGAUAGCGAGGCCACUAGUCCUGCGGCUGCUGUUGAGGAUCCGGAUGCUGAGCUUGAUGAUGGUGGCAGUGCUACUAAACGACGUCGUAAGGCCUAG